AGCGCGAAGGGAUACUUUGCGACAGCGGCCCAGAGCCCUGCGGAGGAGAGCAGGAGGAGGGAGACCGGCGCCAGCAGCCGCGCUCCACGGGCCGCCGUCUCGGAGCGCGCCCGGCAUCCGCAGGAGCUGCUGAUCAUGAGGAGGGAAGCUGAGGCUUGGAGCAGAGGCCCGGAUCCCCGGCCUUGAACCACAAGCGGCGACCCCGAAGGAAUGCGUUUCUCCUAGAGGCCGGCCUUUCCCCGCGCCCGAUGUCCCGCCCGCCCCCUGGGCUCCAGGAACCCUCUUGGGAACAAGGCAUGGCUCUGUUUUGAGACCUUCAGCGGCUCUUCGGAUCUGGACGUGAGAAGAAGCCUUGGCAGGGACAGAAAUGGAGGACUUCACCACCAGAACGUACGGGACCAGGGGCUUGGAUAACCGGCCUCUUUUCGGAGAGACGUCGCCAAGGGACAGAAUAAUCAAUUUUGCCGUUGGCAUCAUAGCUUCCUUGUUGCUUCUAGUCACUUUAAUCAGCGCUUUCGUCUUUCCUCACCUACCUCCAAAACCAGUGAAUAUAUUUUUCGCUUUCUGCAUCUCCUUGAGUUGCGUCUCGGCUGGCAUCCUUAUCUAUUGGUAUCGACAAGGAGACCUGGAGCCUAAAUUUAGGAACCUCAUCUACUACAUCGUGUUCUCCAUCGUCAUGCUCUGUAUAUGUGCCAACCUCUACUUCCAUGAAGUGGGGAAAUGACAAAGGUUGCAACACACGUCCAGGUGUGCGCAGCAGGUAGCUUUUUCCAGCCGUGUUUUUGGAAAGGACCAGGAGGGCUUCCCAAAAAACACACUGAGACCCCACCGGCACCGAGGUCGAAAGGAAGAGCCAGAGGAUGGUGUUUGCGCAGGCAUGUUUUAACGGUCCUUCCUUCCUUCCUGCCGGUGAGGAGUAGUGCAAUACGACAGGAGCAUCUGCUUUAGGGGUGGGUGGGGCUGGGGCGAGGCACAGAAUCCGCUAUUAGUGCACUUAAUGAACAUUCCAGUUGUACAACGCUUGUGUUUUUCAGAGUGGCGCAUCCUUUCCCCCCCAUUGGGUGUGUGUGGGGGAAAAACUGGCCUUUUUUAUUACAUGUACAAAAAAAACACCCCCCGCAGCACUGCAAAUGUCUAUACUACGUCAUAAAUAAAAAGGCAUUUACUAUGACAGAAGAGAGAAAGUU